UCCCAGCUGCUUGCGGGGCGGAGCCAGCAGCACGGCGCGGUGCCGGCGAGCGGUACCGGCGGAACGCGGCCAGCCCAGCCCGGCGAUGCGGCGUUGAGAGCCUCUCCGUGCCGCCGAUGGACGCCUCGCUCCGCCAGGGUGCCAGGGUAUGGCUGCGGGAGCAGGACCAGCUGCAGCCAUGCACUGUUGGCCUGUGUGCCGAUGGAAACGUGCGCUUCACCUCCGAUUACGGCACCGUGUUCCAGUACCCCAAGUCCUCCCUUUCCAGAGAAAAAGUCUUGCCUAUGCACCAGAGCAGCAUCGAUGGGGUAGAGGACAUGUCCAUGCUGGGAGACCUGCACGAAGCUGCCAUCCUGCUCAACCUGCACCAGCGCUACCAGCAGGGUAACAUCUAUACCAAUAUUGGCUCCAUCCUGGCUUCAGUGAACCCCUACAAGCCCAUCCCUGGUCUGUACAGUGUGGAUGCCAUAGAGCUGUACAGGCAGCACCGCCUGGGUGAGCUGCCUCCCCAUAUCUUUGCCACUGCUAAUGAGUGCUACUGCUGCUUGUGGAAGCGUCACGACAGCCAGUGUGUUCUGAUAAGCGGAGAAAGUGGAGCUGGAAAGACUGAGAGCACCAAGCUGCUGCUGAAGUUCCUGUCAGCCAUGAGCCAGACCUCCCUCGGGGCCCCAGCCUCUGAGAAGAGCACACACGUGGAGGAAGCCAUCCUGGAGAGCAGCCCAAUUCUGGAGGCCUUUGGAAACGCCAAGACGGUUUAUAAUAACAACUCUAGCCGCUUCGGCAAGUUCAUCCAGCUGCACUUCUCUCAGCAUGGGCACAUCCAGGGUGGACGAGUCACUGACUAUUUACUGGAAAAGAACAGAGUGGUACACCAGAACCCUGGGGAGAGGAAUUAUCACAUCUUCUAUGCUCUGCUGGCUGGUGUGAGCGGCGAGCUGAAAGAGAGCCUCUCCCUCGCUGAGCCGGAGACUUAUCGGUACUUGAGCCAGUCUGGCUGUGUGAGUGAUGAGAACUUGAAUGAUGGAGAAAUGUUCACUAAGGUCAUGACUGCCAUGAAGGUGGUAGACUUCAGCAGUGAAGAGAUCCGAGACAUCUUCAAACUUCUUUCUGGCACUCUUCACCUGGGAAACGUUGAGUUCAUGACAGCUGGUGGGGCCCAGGUUACAACCAAAGCAGUGUUGAACAUUGCCAGUGACCUCCUGGGCUUAGAUGCCUUCCAGCUUUCUGAAGUCUUGACUCAGAGAUCCAUGAUUCUGCGUGGGGAAGAGAUCAGCUCCCCCCUCACUGUGGAGCAGGCAGCAGACUCCCGGGACUCCCUCUCCAUGGCACUGUAUUCCCAAUGCUUCUCAUGGCUCAUUGGCAAGAUUAAUACGAAGAUCAAAGGCAAGGAAAACUUUAAGUCUGUGGGCAUCCUGGAUAUCUUUGGCUUCGAGAACUUCCAGGUGAAUCGUUUUGAGCAGUUUAACAUUAACUAUGCAAAUGAGAAGCUCCAGGAAUAUUUCAACAAGCAUAUCUUCUCCUUGGAGCAGCUGGAGUACAACAGGGAAGGGAUAAACUGGGAAGCUAUUGACUGGAUGGAUAAUGCGGAGUGCCUGGACCUUAUUGAGAAGAAACUGGGUCUACUGGCUUUGGUGAAUGAAGAGAGUCGAUUCCCCAAAGGCACAGACAACACCCUUCUGGAAAAACUUCACAGCCAGCAUAUGAGCAAUCCUUACUAUGUGAAGCCUCGAGUGACAGAUCAUCAGUUUGGCAUAAGGCAUUAUGCUGGUGAGGUGCUUUAUGAUGUAAGAGGCUUUCUGGAGAAGAACAGAGACACCUUUCGAGAUGACAUCUUAAACAUGCUGAAAGACAGCAGGCUGGACUUCAUCUAUGACCUUUUUGAAAGAGUCUGCAGCCGUUGCAAUGAAGAGACUCUGAAGAUGGGCACCCAGAGGCGCAGACCGACUGUCAGCUCCCAGUUCAGGGAUUCUCUCCAUUCCCUGAUGGCAACGCUUAGCACUUCCAACCCGUUCUUCAUCCGCUGCAUUAAGCCGAACACAGAAAAGGCACCAAACCUCUUCAAUCCAGAUGUGGUUCUCAAUCAGCUCCGCUACUCAGGGAUGCUGGAGACAGUGAAAGUCCGGCGAGCAGGUUUCCCUAUCCGGCGCCUUUUUCAGGACUUUCUCAGCAGGUACAAGAUGCUUGUGAAGAUACCAAGCUUCUCAGACAACAGCAAGGCUGUAUGUGCGGGCUUUCUUCAGGCCUAUGACAGCACCAAGAAAGAAUGGCAGUUGGGUAAAACCAAGGUUUUCCUGAAGGAAGCUCUCGAGCAGAAGCUGGAGAAGGAUCGGGAAGAGGAGUUGAGGAAAGCUGCUGUAGUUAUCCGGGCCCACGUCUUGGGCUACAUGGCAAGGAAGAAGUACCGAAAGGUGAUAGCCAGUGUUGUCACAAUCCAAAAGAACUACCGAGCGCACUUCUGGAAGAAGAGCCUCCUGCGGCUGAAGGCCUCUGCCAUCAUCCUGCAGAAGCACUGGCGUGGGCACCUGGCUCGCAGCCUCUACCGACAUCUGCAGCAGCAGGAGCUCCAGCGGCAGCAGGAAGCAGAGGAGAGGAGGAGGCGAGAGAAGGAAGAACGGAUCAGAAGAGAGGAAGAGGAAAGACAAUGGCAAGAAGAGGAGGAGCGUAGGAGGAAGCAGGAGGAGGAAGAGGUGAAAGAAAGAGAAAAGGAACAGCUGAAUUCCCUGCUCCAGGUGGCUCCGGUGGAAACAGUAAAGACCGAAGAAGUAGAUAUUCCACUGCAAGAAGAAGAGAGACGUCAGAUGGAGGAGAUCUUAAGGCUGGAGAAGGAGAUUGAGAAGUUGCAGCAACAGAAGGAGGAUCACAUGUCUAUCAUCUGUGAGAACACCAGGAAUGAAAUCAACCGGCAGCGGGAGGAAGAGAUCCAGAGGCUAGAAAAGGAGGCAUCUAGAGUUGCCCAGGAGUUCUUGGAGCUGCUAGAUUUUGGCAAUCUGGAUGAAAGCGUGCAGAACUUGGAGCGCUCACUGUCAAGUGAGGGGACACUUAACAUUGACUGCAGCCUCGUCGCACCGCUGGCAGAAGAAGAGGUGGAUGAGGGUUUUCAUGCUGACGAUGAAGUACGGCCAGCUUCCAAUUUGGUGGCUGUCACUCAGAAGGGCAUGAAGAACAGUGAUAACUGCCUGGAGGGAGAUGUGGGUACAAGACUUUCGCAUCUCCAAAGGGAAGUGGGAGAGGCUGCCUCUGCUCCAGCACAACCCAUGGAAAGGACCAGUAGCCCCAGGGAACGGAGUGCCCUCUCUGACCCAGCAGAAAGCAGUUGCAGCACUGUCUCAGAUACACUGAGGAGUAACAGUGGCGAGGUGGGAGAGACAAUUUACAGUUCCCCUCAAGAUAUAGAGUCUGACUAUGACCAUGAUGAGUUGGAUGGCUGUGGGGAUGCAGGCAGUGCCUCAGCUGAACCUCUGAAUGGUGAGGAAAGUCUGAGGCACUCCCAUGGCACCAGCCUGGACUCCAACCGUGGCAGCCUGGACUCGUUUUUGGACAGUGAAGAGGAAGUGGAUGUUUACAUAGAUACAGAUGAAGAGUUUUGUAAUGGACGUGUCACCAUCUUCAAUGGCUCAGGACCACCCUAUUUUCACAGCUAUCUCUACAUGAAGGGAGGUCUCAUGAACCCAUGGAGAAGGCGCUGGUGUGUUCUGAAGAAUGAGGCCUUCAUGUGGUUCCGCACCAAGCAGGAGGCACUGAAGUCGGGCUGGCUCUAUAAAAAGGGGGGAGGCAUGUCGACGCUUUCACGACGCAACUGGAAACGUCGCUGGUUUGUGCUUCGGGAAUCCAAGCUGAUGUACUUUGAGAAUGAUAGCGAGGAAAAGCUGAAGGGGACAAUUGAUAUCAGAAAGGCAAAGGAGAUUGUGGACAUUCAUGAAAAAGAGAAUGCUUUGGACAUCGUGACAGAAGACAGAGUUUAUCACAUUGUGGCAGAGUCACCUGAAGAUGCCAGCGAUUGGUUUAAUGUCCUGAGCCGAGUACACAGUGCUACGGCACAGCAGCUGAGGGAAAUGCAAGAUGAACAGGCCAACCCAAAGAAUGCUGUGGGAACCCUGGAUGUUGGGCUUAUUGACUCUGUCUGUGCCUCAGACAACCCUGACAGACCAAACUCUUUUGUGAUCAUCACAGCAAAUAGAGUGAUUCAUUGCAACAGUGACACCCCUGAGGAGAUGCAUCACUGGAUCUCUCUGCUGCAGAAACCAAAAGGCGAAUCUAAGGUGGAUGGCCAGGAAUUCCUUGUGAGAGGCUGGCUUCAUAAAGAAGUUCAGAGCAGCAACAAGGUGUCCUCUCUGAAGAUGAAGAAACGCUGGUUCGUGCUGACAAACACUGCCCUUGAUUACUACAAGUCGUCUGAGCGCACAGCUGCCAAGCUUGGCACACUUGUGCUCAAUAGCCUCUGCUCUGUAGUGCAGCCUGAUGAGAGGGUCUUUAAAGACACAGGCUAUUGGAACAUCAUUGUUCAUGGGCGAAAGCACUCGUACAGACUGUACACAAAGCUGCUGAAUGAAGCUAUGCGCUGGGCCUCUGCUAUUCAAGGUGUCAUUGACAGCAAAGUUCCCAUAGAAACACCUACACAGCAACUCAUUCGUGACAUUAGGGAAAACAGCACUAACCUUGAAGUAGUGGAGCAGACGUACAGGAGGAACCCAAUCUUGCGGUACACUCAGCACCCUUUGCACUCCCCUUUGCUCCCACUACCGUAUGGAGACGUUAGCGUCAACUUGCAACAAGAAAAGGGUUACAGCAGCUUACAAGAUGAAGCAGUGAAGAUCUUUAACUCCCUUCAGGAGAUUGAGACAGUGUCUGACCCCAUACCAAUUAUCCAAGGCAUUCUUCAGACCUGCCAUGAUCUGAAGCCCCUUCGUGAUGAAGUGUAUUGUCAGCUCAUCAAGCAAACGAAUCACAUGCCACAUCCCAACAGCACUGGGAACCUGCACCAUUGGCAGCUGAUGGCAUGUAUGAGCUGCACUUUCUUGCCCAGCAGAGGGAUCCUUCGCUACCUCAAGUUCCACCUGAGGAGGGUAAAAGACCUUUUUCCAGGCUCAGAAAUAGACAGAUAUGCACAAUUCAUCACUGAUUCCCUGAAGAGAACAAAGACGAGGGAGUUUGUGCCCUCCCAGGAGGAAAUACAGGCUCUUCUCACCCGUGAAGAAAUGACCACAACGGUGUACUGCCAUGGUGGGGGCUCCUGUAAAAUCACCAUCAAUUCUCAUACAAGUGCUGGGGAGGUGGUUGAAAAGCUGAUCCGAGGUUUAGCAAUGGAGGACAGCCGUAAUAUGUUUGCUCUCUUUGAGCACAAUCAGCAGGUGGACCGUGCUGUUGAGAGCAGAGUGAUUGUAGCUGAUAUCUUGGCCAAGUUUGAGAGACUUGCUGGUUCUGAGGAAGAGGAGGAGGAAGGACAAUGGCAGCUAUAUUUUAAACUGUACUGCUUCCUGGAUAUAGAGAAUGUUCCCAAAGAUGGAGUGGAAUUUGCUUUCAUGUUUGAGCAGGCUCACGAAAGCCUCAUAGAUGGUCAUUUUCCUGCACCAGAAGACACACUGCAGCGCCUGGCAGCACUCCGGCUGCAGUACCUUCAUGGAGAUUAUUCUAAAAUAAGUUGGAGUCUGGAUGGAAUCUACCCAGUUAACAGACUGAAAUCCAAAAUACUGCACUCCACAAAGAGCAGUGGUACCAGCAGUCACACUCUGGAGAGGCGACGGACCAGCUUCCUUGAAGGGACAUUGAAACGUGGCUUCAAAACAGGCUCUGUAAAGAAGCAGAAGGUAGAAGAGGAGCAGAUGAUGGAGAUGUGGGUGAAGGAAGAGCUGUCAGCUGCUCGUGCAAGCAUAGCACAGAAAUGGACCAAGCUGCAGGGACUCUCUCAGCAUCAGGCCAUGGUGAAAUACAUGUCCAUUGUAAAGGAGUGGCCAGGUUAUGGGUCAACCCUCUUUGACGUUGAGUGUAAGGAGGGAGGCUUUCCAAAUGAUCUUUGGCUUGGAGUCAGCACAGAGAAUGUGUCUGUCUACAAACGUGGAGAUCCUAAACCACUGGAGACUUUCCAGUACGAGCACAUUGUUUUCUUUGGAGCACCACAGCCCAACACCUUCAAAAUUACAGUGGAUGAGAGGGAAAUGUUCUUUGAAACUUCCCAGGUGGGUGAGAUAAUAAAGAUCAUGAAAGCAUACAUCAACAUGAUAGUGAAGAAACGCUGCAGCGUCAAAUCGGCCACCAGUGUGGACAGUCGUGCCAGCAUCUGGACUAGGUGAUAAGAAUGGACUGCCAGGAGAGAGAGGCAGAUGUUUGAUAAUUGGUAUUUGCAACUUGCCAGCACAAGUGUAGCGAAGAUGUUUUUAAGAACUCCACUCGAGUGACUACUGUAUUAACGAACUGAAGUGGCAUCUGCAGUACCUGGGAUUUGCACCUCUGCCCAAAGACAUUAAACAGUAACAACUUGUUAAAUAUUAACAGCCCAAACCUUGUUUAUCCUGGCUUGUCUGAUGAACAGUGUACCUUUAAAGAAGCAAAGACAGAAGCAUCCUCCUUCUGCCUGUCCUCUCUGCUGCUUUCACAACUACCUGCCAUAUGGGUGGAAACAAAACCACAGGAAUCUGGACUGUACAGGAGGCAGGCUUUCAGCUUCAUUAAGAAUAUUCAAUAUGCAAACAUCUGGGAUCGGGGACCAUAGUAUGGGCUGCAAAGAGAAUAUUUUGUUUUUAUUUAUUUUGUAGGCAACCCUAAAAUAAGUCACGCGGGUUUUCUCUUCAGGAUAUCCUAAUGAUCUGAUCUGGUUUAAAAGGAAAAAAGCCUUUUUUUGCAACUGAAGCCAGACCAUCCAGCUCAGAGGUCAAACACUACGUGAAAGACCAUUAAACAAACAACUAAAAACACAUAAGGUGAGUUGUUACCUUCCAGUGGCGUGUUCACAGGUACAUAUAUGUAAAAAAAGAAAUGGCACCUUAAGUAAAAAUUCUGACUACUCCAUUGUAGAAGAAAAUAGUGGGGUCCAGCACUGCUGAAAUACCUUGUCAGCUGCCAUUCUGGGUGCAUUCCACAGGGCACCUGUUGCCUAAAAAUGAAUGACAGUCUUUUGCCUGGUACAGCUCAGAAGGUGAGACUGACUUAGUUGCAUUUCCAGAAGAUCUGUUAUACACAAACUUGGGGUUUUGGAUAGAAGUCAGAGAUUGCAGUGUCUGCAUUAGAUCCCUUAUUUCUCUAGAUGGGGGUGGAGGGGGGAAGAAGGGAUUUUUAAGGCCAGUUAGCUGUGCAGGAGAAGAUUAACAGACCAGAAGAUGAGGAGUCAGCAUGCACCAGGUUUGGAUCAAAUUCACCUCUCCCAGAAUAGUGCACUGCACGAAGAUAAACCACGGUGUGUAAUCCUGCUUCUCUCUCCUCCCAAGCCCACUGCAGCAUGUGCAAACACUGCCUACCUGCCACACAAGCCAGCCUACAAGGACAGCCACCGCUGCGUAUUGCACUUCCAACUGGAGUUUUGCCUUAAACAGCUUUUCUGAAGGACCUUACGGACAUCCCCUUUGUAUCACGAGGAACAAACAGACAGCCGGGGUCACAGUCAGUGCUGGGGCAACCUGAGACGUGAGACACAUAUGGCUCUGCAUGCUGACUACAUGGCUAUCAGCACAGCCUUGGUUAUCCCUGUCCUAGCUCUGCACUGUUCCUGUGUUCUGGCUGUGGGGUUGCUGCAGGCAGCUUGAACCCACUUGGGAAUGUAACUCCCAUUAGUAUUUGUUGUAAUUUUGCUCAUUUCUAUUACAGAAUUCCUUCUGCUGUGUUUUUUGUUUUGUUUUUUUUUUUCUUCUUCAUUUGUAACUGGCUUUACAAGAUGAAACAUUAAUAAAUUAUUGGAUUGCACAGGCUCUACUCAC